AUGGUGGGAAACUUGUUAGUAGAUGCGUAUUUCUCUCAGGUGAGGGGUGAUGGAGUUUUGGUUGUCAAUGGUAAGCUCAUUAUUCACCCCCGAUAACUCGAGCUUGCUAAUCUCGUUUGCUAGGUUUACCGAAGUUUGAUUUGGACACCUACAUCUCAGGUUAUGCUGGUAUAACCCAGGAUCGUAGCCGUAGUGCACACAGUAGGGGAUGCUAAAUCAUUUUCCGGCGUAUCUAGGGCGUACACAGAUCGACCGGCUCAUCCAUAUUUCUACCCACUCACCUCCUCUGGCGAUUGAGGGGCUGAAGUUGGCUCUCAAAUUGUUGAAGCAAACACAGGAUGUUCCCCGGUUCAGAUUGGCAUUAGAUAUCCUCCGCAAACUCUCUCCAGAGGACGCAGAUGUGGCUCAGGACGAUGCUUGGAUUGAGAAGACUUCCAGGAAGGUUGCAAGUGAUACGGAGAGGAUCGAGGCCGAUCUGAAGAGCUACAAACAUAAUCUGAUCAAGGAAAGCAUCCGGGUAGGUCUAAUUACUGGCACCGAUCAGCGUAAGAGGAACCAUUCACUAACACUAAAUAUAGAUUGGCCAUGAAGACCUUGGCAAUCAUCUAUACGCAUCUGGUGAUCUCGUUGGUGCCUUUAAGUGCUACUCUCGCAUGCGCGACUUUUGCACCGCGCCGAAACACAUUGUUGAUAUGUCCAUGCAAGCCAUCAGGGUUUGCAUUGAGCAAGGGAACUACAUGACGGUUCAAUCACACGUCGUCAAGAUACGCAAUUUGACUCGGGGCCCCGAUGAAGAGGAGCUUUUGAGGCCCAAGCUCUGCGUCGCUAUGGGGCUUACACAGCUAGCAGCCGGUGACUUUAGAGCAGCGGCCAGGAGUUUUCUGGAUUGCCCACAAACCCUGCUCAACACUUACAACGAAGUCAUCACUGCAAAUGAUGUCGCAACCUACGGCGGGCUUUGUGCUUUGGCCUCUAUGGAGAGAACCCAACUCAAGACUGAAGUUCUUGAUAACGCUGAGUUCCGCAACUUCCUCGAACUGGAGCCACGUAUGAGGAAGGCUAUCACUUUUUUCCAUACCGCAAAGUACUCCAACUGUUUGAGCAUUUUAGAGGAUUCCAGAAACGAUUUCCUCCUUGAUAUCCAUCUCCACAGACACGUUAACAGGCUAUUCGAGUUGAUCAGGAGUAAGGGAAUAGUCCAAUACUUCAUCCCAUUUUCAUGCGUGACUCUGAGCAGCAUGGCUCAGGCUUUUGCCACGGAUGAACGGACUCUGGAGAAGGAGCUUGUUGUAAUGAUUGGCAAAGGAGCUUUGGACGCUAGAAUCGAUACAAAAAAUAGUGUAAGUUUCUAUUUUUUCUUAUCCCUAUUUAUCUUUAUUUGAAUGUUCUUUGACGAUAUCUAGCUUCUCACUGCCAAAGAAACAAAUCUCCGUGCAGCUGUCCAUCGCGAGACAUUGGCAGUUGCCCAAAACUAUGAACGCCUUGCCAGGAUGAAACUCAUGAGAAUGAACAUGAUUAGGUCUGGGCUAGACGUGAGGGGAUCAAAGGCAUCCACCGGUCAAGUUAAUACGGGGGUUGUUCAUGGACAAAACUCGUGGACUGGGAAUUCCCAGAAGGCGGAGAGGAACUGGAGGGAAUAUAUGUGAGAUUGUCAGGCUUUAGUCCCAGUCUAGAAAAAAUCAACCUAUAAACUAUCAUGUCGGUUAGUUUGGGCUUUUCGUGAUAGUUGUGGUGUCUCGUUACGGAGUUCUUUUUUACACUGUUUUUUCCUGUUAUCAUAGGGUGUUUGUAGGCUGCUGAUAAUACAACUAGUUCUCAUGAGAAAUGCUUCGUUGCUGGUCCCUGGUGCGUUUGGUGAUGUUCUUUCUUAAAAUCUGCGUUUUGGCGAGCUGGGUAUUGCGACGAGGGUUCGGGAUUAGACGUUAGUGUAAAGUCUAUAUUCGUUUGGGGGCAGAACCGUGUGAUAGCUCUUUUAAAGGUGUGAAGCCCUUUAUUGUUGCCAGACAUCCCUGCUAUCUGUUCAA